GUUUUUCCUCAAAUAUAAACUGUUCAGAAAUCAAAUAGACAAACAAACAGUAAACGAAAUAAAUAAAAAAAUGAAUAUUUUUCAUUUAACGUUUAUUUUGACUCUUUUUCUAGUUUUACCGGAUCGUAGAGAAAGUUGCCCGUGUUUACCAUCAUCAAUAUAUAUGGGGAAUUUUCUCAUAUUUAAUAAUUUAACUGAGUCAAAAAAUGGUACGCCACUUGCAAUAAGUAAUAUUAUUAAUCAAUUACAACUUCACAAGACAAUAUCGGAUCAAAAGGAACAAAAUAAUCAAGCGACUAAACCAAUAACAUCUACGGCUACUUCUACACCAAAAUCAAAACUCGUAUCAACCAUUUCGACAAUACCUCCAACAAAAGAAUCUGCAACCCAAUCUACAAUACUAUCAACAAUACCGUCCUCAUUACCAUCCACACCAGUAUUUUCAACACAAACUAUAAUACCAUCAACGAUGCAAUCCAUAGAGCCGGUAUUGUUAGAAUCGCCAAAUUCGAUUUAUCAGGAUCUAAUCAAUGAACUUUUUGACAAAAAUGCAACGAAACAACUACCUUUACCAUUAACAAUACAAACAGUAUUACCAUCAACAACUCAGUCUAUGUUCCCUUUAACAAGCUCAGAAACCAUAACAUCUAUUAAUUCACCAAAAAGGCCUGAAGAAACAUCACUACCGUUUUAUGAAGGCCUGUUAAAAGAACUUUUUGAUAAAAACCCAACUAAAGAACCGCCAUCACCAUCUAUACCACCACUUUCAACAGAAACUGCAGUACCAACAACAAAUCCGUCUGAAGUUGGGUUAAUAAGCAAGCCAGAAGAAUCGUCGCAAUCGUUUAUUAAAGGUACGCUGUUGGGGUUGUUUAAUCCAAACACAACGAACCAGCCACCUACAACACAAUCAACAACUCAGUCUGUAGUUGGGUUAAUAAACAAGCCAGAAGAAUCGCCACAAUCGUUUAUUGAAGGUAUGUUGUCGGGGUUGUUUAAUCCAAACACAACGAACCAGCCACCUAAAAUACAAUCAACAACUCAGUCAGUACUUGGAUUAUUAAACAAGCCAGAAGGAUCGUCACAAUCGUAUUACAAGGAUAUAAUGACGGGGAUGUUUAAUCCAAACACAACGAAACAGCCACUUACAACACAAUCAACAACUCAGUCUAUGGCAUCGUUUGUAUCACCAGAAGACACAUUGCUAUCAGUUAUAUCACCUGUGAACACAUUGCUAUCAAAUAUUCCAACUGCAAUGCCACAAGAGUCGCCAAAAUCGUUUUUUUCGGAUCUGUUCAAUCAACUCGUUGAUCCAGUUGUAACGAAACCGCCGUCUUUAGAUUUGGAAAUCUCUUGGGAUGAACCAUCUCAAUCCGAUUCUAACUUCAAUAGUAAUCCAACGACUAACGAAUAUAUGAAUAAUCCAAUGCAAUUCGAUCAAGAAUUUAGUAAUAAUCCACAGAUAGCAUUACCAUUUAAUCCAAAUUAUAACAAUCAAUAUCCAAUAAGUGAUCCUCUGGAUUAUCCAGCUCCAAAUAAUCAGUAUUCUUCCUAUUAUGAAUUUCCUCAAGUUUAUCCUGAAAUUAUGCCACCAGAAUAUCCAUAAAUACUACAAUUUGCAAAUUAAUCCUUACCACUAGAUUUUAGAGUGUUUGAUUAUGAUCAUUGUAGUUUAGUUAUAAACAAGUAUUUGAUGUUGCACCUAAAUAAUAAUAUUAUUUUUAUAUAAGUUUAGUUCAUUGCUAUUUUUAUUCCUACUUAAAUGUAAUAAAGAUUAAAUAAAUAAAAAAAAUAUUCUGUAGAGGCCUUUUAACAAGAGAUGACGAUUCUGAGAGGCAUAUACAUAUAGAUGAGUAAUUAUACUAUUGGUAGUAAAAUGCAUUUAUUAUAAAAAUAUACAAAAAAUCUUAUAUCUAGAAUUUUGUCAAUAAAAAAUAGGUAGGUAUGUACAAAUUUACAUUUUAUUUCAACCUUAGUAAUGGCAAUUAAAUUUUAUGUUUAAAGUUGCAUAAAAAUUUAACGAAUUCAACAUGAAUUCCUAAGAAAAAUACGAUGCUAAAGCUAAUAUUUAUCAACAAAUUUUAAAUGAACAACAUUUGGAAAGUUACGUACAUUUCUACUCGUAACACAAUAAAUAUAUUUAAUAAACUUUUCGAGAAAAACUACAAAACAUAACUACAAAU